AUGUCGAACGUUGAAGCAAGUAAAUUAUAUGAAGCUAUCAUCGAAGAAGUGAUUAGUGAUUCAAGGCAAGAUUUUGAGGAUAGUGGAAUUGAUGAGUCUACGUUACAGGAUUUACGUAAAAUAUGGUGUGAAAAGCUAAGCCAGUCUGGUGUGUCCAAAUUUACCUGGGAUGACGAACAAGCCAAUGCUUAUGAAAUAGAUAAUAAUCAAUUACCGCCGCAUUCAGAAGAACCUACUGGGGGUGUUUUAGGUGAUAAUUCUUUGCCAUUGGACACCGGUUCUGUGUUAGAAUUACCCAAUAUGCAAUCUGAUUCCCAGUUAUCAUAUAAUACCACAGGACUUAGUAGUAACAAUAAUAGUGAUAUUCAAAUUCCAAAUAUAGAUCCGGCUCCUAAGGAAGAGUACGACGAUAACGGUACGGGAUUAAUGCUUCCAAGAAUUAAUCAGGCUGAUGGAACUUUCGAAUUUACUAUGCAUACUGAUCAAGCGACCAAUAUAAUGAAUAAGUUGAAAAGAGAUCGUCAAGGGUCAAAUAAUAAAAAUAUCACCCAGGCGGAUGGGAAUGAUGAUGACGAAAAUGAUGAUGAUGAUGAUGAUAUUUUCAAUGACUCGGAUGAUAUCAAUUCCGAUUUGGAUGAGGGUUUGGAGAGUGAAAAAUCGGACGAGGAAGAUGGGGACCAAGAAGGUCAAAUUAUGUUAUGUUUGUAUGAUAAAGUUCAAAGGGUUAAGAACAAAUGGAAGUCCAAUUUGAAAGAAGGGGUAGCUAACAUUAAUGGAAGAGAUUACGUGUUCCAGAAAGCUACUGGGGAGAGUGAAUGGUAA